AUGGAUCCUUUCGAGGCAACGGCAGAGAGCGAAUUUCUGUCGCGAUUCAGGAUGACGAAGGAAGUUGCACAUGAUCAUAUGCAGAAGAUUCUAGCCCACUUACCUCAAACUCUCAAUAACAGGUAUUUCUGUACCCAUUACCUGCAAGUGCGCAUCACCUUAAGGUAUAUGGCCAUUGGUAAUCACCAUCUGACAGUUCCAGACUGCUACAACGUUUUACAGUGUUAUGUAAGCAGAUGUAGUAGUCGUGUGACACGAAUCACUGCCAGGAUGAGUCAUAACAUCAUCAAGAUGCCUAGAACAAAUGAAACACUCAGAGUGAUGGGGGAUUUCAUGGCAAUUGCUGGAAUACCUGCUGUUGUUGGCUGCAUUGACUGCAUCCACAUAACCAUCAAAAAGCCACCUGGGGACAGAUCUUAA